AAUAGGACAGGUUAAACACAGUUACAUAAAUUAUUUUAUCUCACGCCAUUAAAGCAAUGUUCUGUUUUAAUCAGUGUACAAAUACAAUUAAGAAGUUUUAUUCUCUGACAUAAAGCGAUUGUUUACACUGCUGCCUCUUAGAAUGUUGUCGAUUGCCAUUUUGUUUAUGUGUGUCGGGACAUCAGUCCAGUCUGGGUUUUUAUUGAAUUCCUUCAACCUGCCAGGACUGGACAACACACAUCAGACGACAAAUGUUUUUCAGAAACCCGCCUUCUGUCAUGACUUAGACUGCCCCGAGUACGAAGUUCUCGAGACCAAUGACAAAUUUGAAGUGCGACGAUACAAGCCCAGUAUGUGGGUAGCGACAGAAACAGUUGCAUUUUACUACACAGAUAAAGAAAGCAGGGAAAUGUUCUUUAAGUUGUUUCACUAUAUAUCAGGAAAUAAUUCUAGAGGUAUGAAAAUUGCAAUGACCACACCGGUCGUUACUGAGGUACUACAUGGCCCGGGACCUGACUGUGAGAGCAACUUCACCAUGCACUUUAUGAUACCAUUUGCUCUGCAAAACAACCCACCACAGCCCACCGAAUCUGGUGUCUUUUUCAAACAUUUUCCAGAGGCUAUUCGUUAUGUAAAACAAUAUGGGGGUUUCACUUCAGACGACAAGAAGCGAGAAAAUCUUGAACAAUUUAUAAACGAUCUGAACGCUGCUGGGAAGAAAUACCAUGACGACCGCUUUUUUACGAUGGAAUACGACGGACCAUAUUCUAUAGUUCGCCAUAAUGAAAUCUGGGUUACUGCUUUGUAAUAUUGCAAAAACUGAGAAGACAAAUAAAAUGCAUCUAUUUGGAUAAAUGAGCCGUGUCACGACAAAACCAACAUAAUGCGUUUGCGACCAGCAUGGAUCCAGACCAGCCUGCGCAUCCGCGCAGUCUGAUCAGGAUCCAUGCUGUUCGCUAGCAGUUUCUCUACUUGUUAUAGGGUUUGUAAGCGA